GCCGCGUCCCCUCCCCCGCGUGGCGGGCCGGGCCGCGAGCCCAUGGGGAAAUACUGCGCGAGCCUGGGCGUCCUCCGCGGGCCCUGGGACCAAGUGUUCGCCGCCUUCUGGCAGCGCUACCCGAACCCCUACAGCAAACAUGUCCUGACCGAAGACAUUGUGCACCGGGAGGUGACAGCGGACCAGAAGCUGCUCUCCAGGCGGCUCCUGACCAAGACCAACAGGAUGCCGCGGUGGGCAGAGCGCUUCUUUCCUGCUAACGUCUCCCACUCUGUGUACAUCCUGGAAGAUUCCAUUGUGGACCCGCAGAACCGAACCAUGACCACGUACACCUGGAACAUUAAUCAUGCACGUCUUAUGGUGGUGGAGGAGCGCUGUGUUUACUGUGUGAACCCAGAGAACAGCAGCUGGACUGAAGUCAAACGGGAAGCAUGGGUCUCCUCCAGUCUGUUUGGCGUCUCCCGAGCCAUCCAGGAGUUUGGCCUGGCCAGGUUCAAGAGCAACGUGACCAAGAGCACCAGGGGUUUUGAAUAUGUGCUAGCUAAAAUGCAAGGAGAGGCUCCCUCCAAGACCUUGGUGGAGACGGCAAAGGAGGCUACUGAGAAGGCCAAGGAGACAGCCUUAGCAGCCACAGAGAAAGCCAAGGAUCUGGCCAGCAAGGCUGCCACCAAGAAGAAGCAGCAGUAUGUGUGAGAAGCCAUCCCCCUUUGCUGCUGGCACGAGUGCAGAAUAGCUCCGUCCCGCACCUCACAGCGGACAGGAGCCUCUCUAGAGUUUAUAUUUUUUAAUUGAAACUGUACAAGUCUGACAAUCAGCUGCAGCGAGAUCCUUACUAAGGUGUAACUAUCAUUAAAGAAUCUACUUCCA